ACCUGUUCAUAACUUUGUAUACACGAUUAAGAUUAUGACUGCAAUAACAUGCCCAACCCCUUACAUGAAAUGUUUGAUGAGGAUUUUUCUGGGAAAUUAAACGCAGCUUCCCGGGCUGUAAAACCCUGAUAUUCAGAUUAAUAAUUAACAUCCAUCGAAUAACACUGCAUAACUACAUGUAAAAUAGCCUAAUCCACAAGACCAAUAAACACUUGAAGGGAUUCAGCAUGGAAGUGAAACGCACAUUUAAAGCAAAGGAGUUGCGGGACUUCCCUUCAGAAAAGAAAUUCUGAAAGAUCAUAUGAAACAGUUCUUGGCCUUGAGCGACGGUGAUGAUCCACAGUUCUAUGCGUUGGUGGUUGGUUCAUUUCCUGUUAUGCAGAUUGCAGACCGAAACUGAUCCCCGUUAUGUUUGUUCAAUGAGGCAGUUUUCCUCUGCAUCGUAGCUAACGUUACAGUAGAGACCACGGCUGUAUUCACGCAUCCUGUUCUUCUACGUUAUUACCAGAAACGAAUGACUACUAGAAGGUUAGCGUAUUUUUUCCAGAAGGCACUUUGAAGUUGUGAUCACGACAUAAACAAACGGUGUACUGGAAGUCAAGUGACCAUACUGAAAAGAAAGGGGAAGGAAAUCUCCAAAGAAAGGGGAAGGAAAUCUCCAAAGAAAGGGGAAGGAAAUCUCCGGUCAUGGAGCCGUCUCAUCUGGCCGAGACUGAGGAGUAUGUGACGUGCCUCCACAUCCAGCUCUACCACCCGCUGCAGGCCGCCGAGGGCGUGUACGACCUGCUGCCCCUGAACCGGCGACAGAAGCUCCAAGCCGAGGACCCCCUGAGGCUGGGCCGCGACGAGGAGGCCUGCACCUUCGCCCUGGCCGACCGCCGCGCCUCGCGCAAGCAGCUGGCCAUCCAGGCCUUCCGCUCCCCCCGGAGCUCGGACCUGCUCUUCCAGGUGCAGAACCUCAGCCAGAGGGGCUGCAUGUCCGUCGGCGGCACCGCGCUGGAGUACCUGCACUGCGUGGAGCUGCCCGGCAAGGCGCUGCUCCGCUUCGGCCAGUAUCAGCUGCUGAUCUGCCAGGAGCCCGGCGAGUGCCAGAGCAAAUUCGAGGUGGAGUUCCGUGUUUCGCGGGGCCCCCUCGGCCAGGAGUCCGGCGCCGGGGUGCCCUGCGGGGUCCCGGUCAUGGAGAGGGGAGGGCAGCUGCCGCUAAACUCGUUGCCCUCUCCUCAGACCCCGCUGGAGACAGACGAGGGGAUGUAUCUGUCCUGAGGGCCCUCAGAGGAGCCUCACUCCGCCUACCCAAGGGCCAGACACGUAUUUAUCUCGCUUAGCUCCUCCUGUUCUCGUAAACUUACUUAUCUUAUCAGUGCCCUCAUGGGAACUUAUGACACAGUUAACAAUGCGAAACUAGAUCAAAACAGAGACAUGAGAGAAACUGACGGUGUCUAAAUGACGGCAAACAAAAUGAAGGGGAGGCGUAACCCUGAUCUAGAGGAAGGUGCUUUUAGACAAACUUUUUAUUCAAAAUUCAGGUUUCUCUGUCCUCUUUAUUUGACUGUAGCAUACGUAAAAGUGAUUUACUGUAAUCCCUACAUUCUGCAAAUAGAGUGAAGAAUCGUAACGUAUUGCAAAUGUGUGAACAAAAGUACUGAUGUAUGUCACCCGUACUGUCCCUAAAUAUUUUAAAUGUAUCCUAUGAAGCUUUACAAAUAGAAUCAGAAAACGAGCUGGGCAAAGUUUGACUGAACUAUAACACAUGCUUACAUAACAAUUAGGACAAGUUAUGUAUGAAUUAAUGAUGAAGCUGGAGAGAUCCUGUGGCACAAGCAAGGAGACUAAAAAUAAAUGAGUUGUGUUAGCAUGUGCAGAGGGAAACAGGUGGUGUAUUUUGUGGAUAUUGUACAUAAAGAUUCUACAGCUCCAGAGGCACUUUUUUUAACAAUGUGAAUUGGUCUUUGAGCCAGAAAAGGUAGUACUUCCAGAGAGGAUAGGUCUCUCUCUCCCUGCUAUGGUGCACUUCUCUUCUAUGGUGCACACAUUUCCACUAUUGUGUCCUUAUAAAUUGUAUUGUACUGACCUUCACUCUAGAUUUAGAAGGUCUUACUCCACUGACUCUCACUAACUAAACUGGAAGGCCAACAUUCUAACUUUUCAGACAACUCCUUUUGCUUCAUUUUGAGGGCUGUAGCACUGCAGCUUAAUAUGGUUUAUAAUGUGAUUAACAACAGAGCUCCUAGUUAUUUUUUUAAAAUAUUUUGGGCAGAUGCCCCUUACUGUGUUCCAGGGCCUCUAAGUAACCAAAGGGCAUUAAAAACUCUUUAGCUUUUAGAGAAAAGCCUUGUUUUGUUACUAGAAAAAGUAGGUGUGGAGCAAAACUGGAUGUAAUUAUUUUAUGAUAUUAUUUUGUUGCUGUCUUUAUACUAUACAUUUGAUUGUGUUUAUAUUUUUGUGAUACUAAUUUGUUGUGUAGUCAUCCAAUUUUGACAGUAUUUAUACUGCUACUGCUUACUAUAAAGGACUGCAAUGGAAAUGGCUUUUGAUGGAUGUGGCAUCAUUGACAAUACAUACCUGUCUUAUCAAUUUGUGAAAUAAAAAAACAUCAUGUAACACAAAAAA